AUCAAUUCUGUGCAAUAAGAAACUUGAAAUGUUCAACUUUUACUAGUAUUAGUAAUACUAUUAUUACUAAGUAAAUUAAAUAUGGGAAUAAAUAUCAAUAAAUUACGACUGGAAUUAGUUGCAAUACCCCCUCCCCCUUUUAAUAUAAUAAUGCUAGUUAUGGAAACGAGGGAGACUGCUAUGAAUAUUGUAAAUCAACAUUGCAGAAAAGAACUUGAUAAAUUUGGAGCAUGUGUUGGUCAGCAUCCAGAGUCUUGGAAUACUAGUUGUGCAGAGGCGAGAUUAGAAUUAGCUCGCUGUUCAGAAAACAAUCCAACAAUUCGCCAAAUCAAGACUAGCUGUGCUGAAUCUUUUCAAAAAUAUGAAUCUUGUCUUUCACAAAAUACUGCUAAUGUUUUACAAUGUAAAGAUAAUCUUAAGGAGUUUUUAUUAUGUGCAGAACAGAUUUCUCCUAUACAUGUGUAAGGAUGUGAUGUUUAAAGAAAAUUUUUUUUAUUCACCAAACCAAGUUGUCAAACUUUUAAUCCACUGUUACACCACUGUAGUAAAUACUAUUUUUUAUGGACUGAAAUGUCAAAAUAUUUUGUUAUAAAUUUUUUUUAUGAACUGAACUAGUAUUCAAAAGAAUAUUUCAUUGCCUAACUGUACUAUAAGCUACUCUGUAAAGUGCUUGUAUAUGUAAAGUAACUUGAAGUCAUGAAAAAGUCUUAAAUUUUACCAAUGUACAUGAGAAGGAAAGUAAGUUGGUGUACAGUUAUAUUAUUUUGAUGUCAACCACCAGACUGAAAUCUUACCAAAUGAUAUUAUGAACAGUGUUGUGAAUAAUAAAUCAGAACAUUUUCAAACCAUUUCGUUAUGCAACAUGUAUAUUAUGAUUUGAAAAAUUUGUUAUUUAAUGUUUUCUGCACUUGAAACCACUGCUUGAGUACAGUAUUGGUACAAAUGUAUUUGUACGUUAAAUAUUAUUCAUGUACUUGUGUUUGAUAGAUGUUUCUUGAACAAAAUAGAAUUAUUUUGGAAAUCUAAAAACUAAAGAAAACUUAAGUUUGUGAAACAUGUUGUUUUUUUUUUCUGUCUCAGACAAACAUAUUUUCCAAUACUGUAUUCAAGAAGUUCUUUCAGGUGCUAGUCCUUUCAGCCUGGCUCUGACUCGUUGGAAAGUUUGAGGGCUUAGAAUGCAAAAAAUCAGGUUUCAGUACUCACGAUGGGCAGAGCAUAGGUAGUCUACUGUGUAACUUAACAAUAAACAAGUUUAAUUGAUAAUUAUAAACAUACUUUUUUUUAUAGUUCUUAGAUUGUAUUGAAAUUUAAUUUCUCUGUACUUGUUUUACAAAAUUGUAAAUCAUUCUUGGUAGAAUAAAGCUGAAAAGUAAACAA